GGGCGCGGCCGUUCCGGUUGCCGUCGCUACGCAACCGCGGCGGCCAUGGCGGGCGCGGCGCCGGCGCAGGCCGCGCGGCUCUGGGCGAUGCUGGACGAGAUGGCGGAGAACGAGCCCCAGGCUUACCGCAGGCUCCUGCGGCAGCAGCGCGCCGAGGCCGAGCGGUUCUGCGCCCCGCCGGAGCCUCACCUGUGCCUGCGGGCCCGUCCCGCGGACCCUGUCGGAGGGCCGCUGUUCAUCAACAUCUGCAGCUGGAAAAGAGUCGCGGCGCCCAAGACCCUGACCGAGCCCACCCCUGUCAGCGCGGGGCCGCUACAAGUAGUGUCUGGCGAGGGAGACCUUUACAGCAUUAUAGAUAUUGCAUAUAACCCAGAGGUUCUUCAGAGGGGAGAAGAAGACCCAGACAAAAUGAAACACUUGAUCCAUUUGACUCUUAAAUUCAUUGAGAAACGAUGCAACCUUACUCUUUCUUACUUGUACACCAUUGAAUCAUUCAAAUUGAAAGGAAGCCUGGAAAUGAUGCAGCAACGUCUGAAAGGCAGGCAGCUGCCAGCUCCACAUCUCAGUCAGGACACAAAGAAGGAACUGACACUUGAUGAUCUGCUACGCACUCUGGAAGCUGAGGACUGCAGUAACACUCCUGUGCUGCUGAAGGAAACAAGUAGGACACAGUCUAAAAUGCCUCUGAUAGAGGAAAUUAGCAGUACUGAAAUGCCAGCAAAGGAAAGUACCCCUGUCUAUGAAAUGAUCACUGUGAGGGAUGCAAACAAGAAACCACUGCAAAUCGAACUCAGAAUUGAAUUGCCUGAGGUCAGCUCCGUUUCUGAGUGUGAUCUGAGAAUUUCAAAGGAUGACAUAGUCAUUGAAGUUCCUGAAAAAUACAAAUUACAGCUAGACCUGCCAGAAGUGGUGGAUGAAGAAACAACUACAGCAGUAUUUAACAGAGGAAAACGAGUGCUGUCUAUCACAGUGCAAGUUGCCAAGCUGGAUCCUUAAAGGCUGCCUUCUGUCCAGUUCAUGUUCACAGCUGACACGACAAAAGCCCAGAAUGAGAAUCCUGACUUCUACAUGGUGAGGAGGUUUUUUUUAAUCGACCUUCUAAUCUUCAAAGGUGAAAACCUCAAGUGCCUUCAGAAGGUGUGUGUAGAAAAGGAAGCCUGGAGGAACAGCAGCAUCACCAGACUUUGGAAAGAAAUAGGAGUGUAAGGAGUGCUUCAAUAUGUGAAGAGCUGCAGUAAAUGACCACACAUACAUACAUGCUGUACUACAUCAUUCAUUUUGCCUUCAGGUACAGUGAUAGCAGUUGUGAAGUGUUCUUGCUAAAUAAACUGAGGAGUAGAUUCAUGUGGUUAGAGCAGCUCUUGCUUGUAUUUAAGGCUGGAACAACCAGCAGAGUUUGUACCCGUUGCCCUGCACUUCCAUAGGAUAAAAUAUUCAGUGUUCUUGCUGCAGGAGGAAAGUGAAAGGUUGCUGGAGGCAGAAUGUGAUGUUCUGGUGAACGCUGCAGCAAGGAAGCCGGGAAGAGGAGAGUUCACUGUUGCAUGAUAAUAAUAAAGCAUGUGUUACUC